AUGUGGAUAUCCAUGUUAAGGGCACUGUAUUGUAGGCCUAGUUAUUCACCUCUUAUCUGGCUUAGAAAUUCAGACAAAUUCUUUUGUAAGCAUUUAUCACUAGUAAUCUACCAAUGUAGGUUAAAACAGUGCUUAAGCGAUUGGUGUGUAUCUACCAUCGAUAAUGUAACCAUUUCGGACAUGUCCGCUUAGUGUGAUUGCCGCUAGAGACACGAACAGACACGAACAGCUCAACACAUACACGUGCUUAAGCUAAUUCCCCAUCAAGGGAGGGUAGCCCAGUGUUAUAAACAAACCACAGGAAAUAGACCGGGUGUUAGCUGGAUAUGGUUGAACAUUGACCCAGAGCUUAGCGGGUCACUGAAUAUUUGAUAUUCGUGACCAUCAACUAAUUGUGAAUGGCUGUCAGUGAAUAAUUGACAUAGAUGACUGUAUGAACUGAUUGCUAAUGGCUGUUUCUGUUUGGAGACACAUGAUUUGGGCGUCUACGAGCUAUAUGCGAAUGAAGAAGAUAACCUUAUAUGGGCUACUCGGUUUGACUUUAGUGAGUUGUGUGCUGUACGUUUGUAUUAGUAGGCACAUUUCCCAAGACGAAACCGUCUUACAAUUUCUGAAGAGAAAAUUUUCGUCCUUUCGUGAGAUGGAUUGGACGAAGAUAGAAGACGGUCAGACAAAGAGCAAAUACUCAUGGACAGAGCACUGUAACAGAUGCUUUGCUCCCUGGCUGAGGUACGAGACUGGGCCAUCUCAUGUGUGUAGGAACGUUGCUUGGCCAUCGCCCGGAAAAUUGGAGAAUACCGCAUUAGUCGAUGUUCUAGUACUUGUGUCCUCAGCCUCUGGGAACCAGGCGCAACGCCAGGGCAUCAGAGACACCUGGGGCAGGGCCAGUAAAAACAACACAUCUAAUGUGAGGGUAGUGUUUGUCCUGGGUCAGAGCUAUAGCCCUGAUAUUAACCACGAUAUACAUAGAGAAACAGAAGAGUUCUGUGAUAUAGUACAAGGGAAUUUUAGGGAUUCUUACGACAAUCUGACUUUCAGCACCAUAACGGCUGUAAAAUACGCUGUGGAAAUGUGUUCUAAAGCCAGAUUUGUUCUUAAGACGGAUGACGACGUCUGGCUUAACGUACCAGGGCUGUUAGAUCUUCUAAACAGGCUGGACCUGACAAAUACGCUUGGUGGGCACUGUUACCGUGGCGAAUAUCCACGACGGAUUAAUCGACAUUCCAAAUGGUUCAUGUCUGAUCAGGAAUACCCUCGUGACGUCUAUCCGGACUACUGCGCAGGCGUUGGUUACGUCAUGCCGAUGGACGUGGUGCGUGGCAUUUACCAUGUGUCUCAAGAUACCCCAUUUUUCCGGAUAGAAGAUGUGUUUAUCGGCUUAUGUGCGGAGAAAAUGGCAUAUCGCGUGCGCCAGCUGCCAGGGUUUUAUACCCACAGACCCAGUGUGGACAUGUGCGAGAUGAAAAUGAGCCACGUGAUCACAAGUCAUUCGUGGACUGUCAGUGAAAUGCGAACACUAUGGACAGACGCUUCAGACUGUUCCUGCCCAUCAUAUUGCAGGCAGAUGUGGCUUUUCUUGUAUUGUAUGGCUCUCUAUUGUAUUCUAGCUGCAAUUUUCUUUCACAGUCGACAGUCCAAUCCAAGCUCAAAACGGGUAACUCCAUUUUGGUCACAUGUUUCAAGGUCAAGAAACAAUGGGACCAAUGAAACAAACGUUUCCUGAACCCUCCUGUGGUUCUCACACAGCACAGACUCUAGUCUCUACUCCACCGUGGCACUCCUUUAU